CAAUAAACGAAGGAAAAAGCUCCCAACCCACCUUCUCCGGCCGCGGCGGCGCUCUUUGGUGUCCGCCACGGUCGCAAUUAUAGAAUUAUUAUCCUAGCUAGCUUGCUUUCUUGCUUCCAAACGCCCGCCGCGCGCGUUAGUACAAAUUAUGACGACGACGGAGAUAAUGACGACCAUAGAGAAUAAUAAGAAUAAUAAUAACAACAACAACAACAACAACAACAAUAACAACAAUGAGAUGAAAGAGAGUCCGCCAUUGUCCUCGUGUUUGUCGUCGUCGUCAUCGUGCGAGUCAUCGGAGAGCGAAGAGAUGCAACGUCUUGAGGAGGCGCCCCCGUUCUGGCGGAACCGUAGGAGGCUAUCGAAGCAGCUAUCCAUGUGCGAGACCCCACGACGUGACAUAGCAUGGGAGAGGCGCCGCCGGCACAUCCUCCUCCAAGAGCGGAGGAGGAGCGCCGAGUGGUUAACGGACGAUGAUCUGAAUGAACUAAAAGGGUGCAUAGAACUAGGAUUCGGAUUCAAAGAGGAAGAGGGGCAGCGCUUGUGUAACACGUUGCCGGCGUUGGACCUUUAUUUCGCGGUGAACCGGCUGCAGUCUUCGUCGCCUUUGAACAGCCCCAGCAGCGAUAAUUCUGAUUCGUGGAAGAUCUGUAGCCCAGGUGACAAUCCGGAACAUGUUAAGACAAAGUUGAGGCAUUGGGCACAAGCGGUUGCGUGCUCGGUGAUGCAGUCAUAUUGAAAAUUGUAUAUAUGGGCAUGCAUGCGCUUAGGAGAUUGGAGAAUGAAGAAUUUGGAAUAUA